UGGCAGGAAAUUUGAAAAUGGCAGGAAAAUGUUUCCCAGUGAAUGUGUGAAGACAUCGUGAUUAUUUAUGAUUUGUUUUAUACAACUGAAGCUAUGGAAAUGUUAACAAGGACGUUUCCUGCAAUAUUAACCAUGAGUUAGACAUAUUGGUUAUUGCAAAAUGUAAACUCCUGCUCGAUUCAUGAAUAGGACCGAUGGCGCCCGCCAUCUCGGUACAGUACAGCAGUAGGCCUAACUCUUGAUCUAUGAUAUCAACGAGGCGACGACGUUACUCGAAUCACAGAAAAAGUUCAUUUACCCGGUUAUUACUAGAAGAGUUAGGUAAAAUGAAACAAGAAUUUGAAGACAAAUUAUGAAUGAAAAUGACAGCAGUGGACCAUGUAGGAAAGUUGGACGAUCCCGUAAAAGAACUCUUACUCCACAUAACCCUUAUGAUCAGCUGACUUACCAAGAGGAAAGUUCAAAAUCAGACCCUACAAAUACAAACUUUCAAAAAGAGGUCACUGUUUUGUCACAGACACAAAUUGAUGCUGUAUCUGCUGGAAAUGAUAUUGCUGGCAAAAUAGACAUAACCCACACCUCAAACAAUAAAAAUGAUCUCUGGUUUUCAAAUUCUUUUGUUAAAAGUAACCAAUGUAAUGUUGGAAAGAAAAGCACAAGUCAUCAUCUGAAUGAUUGCCUGAUUUCUUCUGUACCAAAGAAAAUAAGAUUAGAUGUGGAUUUCAGUCAGAGGUCCCAAUCUGACAACAACUGUUAUGACAGAACUGGUGUAGAUUUGGUGAAGCACAGCAAACAGAUUUCUGCUGCUAUUGUUAAUGAGGAGAUAAUUAGAAGUGUCCAUUCGAAUAUAGACAAAUCUCCGUUAAAACAGCAUAAAGAAAUGGCUGGCUCCCCUUUGACGAGUAAUAAAGGGAGUUUCCUUCAUCACUUCCACUCAACUCCAGUUAGACAUCUCAAAAUGAAGACAAGUGCAGGGAAAAGUGAGAUGUUUUCAAGACUAAAUGAAGCUGAAGACAUCCUGAACAACAGUGAUGAUAUUUUAGCUGGACUUGAUAUUGCUGACAAUGAAAAUGAUGGGAAUACAGCUCUAAACUUUAAAACAGUAGCGAACAGGAAUGGUACACAUAACUAUGAUCGAGCACAGGAUCUGACAAAUACUGAAAAAUACAACAAGUGUAAAGGAAAUUCAAAUGUGGCUUUAAAUAAAGGCCAAAGGGGAGAUCACUCUAUGGAAAGUCAUACAACUAUGGCACAGCCACAAGAGACUGCUAAAAAAACAAACUGUAUAAGGCAUAUGGAUAUUUCUGAUGAUGACAUCUUUGCACCAGAUAGUGAUUUUCUUAGUCAGAUAGAAAGUUUGGAAAGACAAGCAGACAUUACUACAGAUAAACAAAAAUAG